AUGUUAAACGGCACCACGGAAAAGGGGGGACUGUCCCUCCAGUCAUCCCCAGUCAAAGUAUCUCCAUCACCUGUAAGAGCCUCUCCGAGUCCAGUGAGGGCCUCCUCAUCACCCUUGAAGUCAUCCUUGUCUCCAUUGGGAAAGCAGAGGUCGCCGAGGCGUUGCCAGUUCGCAGCACCAGCCGAAGAUGGGAGGGAUAAGUGUGGAGCUUCGUGGUUAUGUCGAAGGGGGGCCGGGGCCGAGAUAGGAGAUGAUUCCGGGGCUGAAUCUCCUGGUCCCAGUGCCCCCAUCACUCAGGCGUGCGAGGAAUCAGCACCACCCCCUAAGAACUGCUUCAGACUGGUUAUGUUAGGGUCCGCUCGAGUUGGCAAGACGUCUCUAGUGGCUAGGUUUCUUGGCACAAAGUUUGAAGAUAGUUAUACGCCGACUAUAGAGGACUUCCAUCGAAAGUUAUACAGGAUUCGAGGUGAAGUUUACCAGCUGGAUCUGCUGGAUACUUCUGGAAAUCAUCCAUUUCCUGCUAUGAGGCGUCUCUCCUUCUUAACUGGUGAUCUAUUUGUUUUGGUCUUCGCGAUGGACUGUCGCGAAUCCUUCGAAGAGGUGAUUCGACUGCGUGAGCAAAUCUUGGAGACGAAGGCUAGUGCUAGCAGCGGGAGUAGUCGCGGCAGAAAGCAAGCUCCCAGGGUACCUAUGGCCAUAGCUGGAAAUAAAUGCGACAGGGAACUAAAGACUGUACAACCAGAAGAGGCGACCGCUUACUGCGCGACACAGGACUCCGCCUGCGUGUUCGUCGAGACAUCAGCUAAGAGGAAUUUUCACGUCGAUGACCUUUUUUAUGAACUUUUCGUUGUAGCUAAUUUACCAUUAGAAAUGGCACCCAACCAUCAUAAGCGCGUUAGUACCGCGUUCGGUAGUCCAUGUACUCUACCACCAACUAGCAGUCAAAGUAAUAGAAGUAAGAAAUGCACUUUAUCUAUUAAGCGACGACUUUCCGACGCGUGCGGAGUCGUAGCCCCCAACGUUAGAAGACCCAGUAUCAGAACCGAUCUCAUGAUUAUGAGAACGAAAACUUGUGCCAAAGGUGACGGAGACAGUGUCAGUGGAAGUCCGAAGCUCAACUUAAAUAGGUUAGUAAGAUCGAACACGCAGAACGAUAAACGUUCAUGCGCGAUCCAGUGA